CCGAGGGUGGGGAGGAGGCGGAGGGGGGCGCCAGCGUAACGUUCCCACUCAAUCUCUCCUUCCUUCUCCACAGAAGAGAAAACAAGGGCACCGCUCCAGUUACGCACCGAUUCGUCCUCUUCUCCCCCCCCCCCCCCAACCAACCAGCUCCUUCCACUACCACCAGGAGCUUCUGGACUGCUCUAGACGAGGACGUGUGCACGGAGACGAGGCAGAACCGUAUGAAGCGGAUGCUGCGAGGCUAAAAAAAAAGAAAAAAAAAGGGCUGUGGGUACCGAGCAGGCAUCACUGCCGCAGCUGACACGAUGGACACAAUGAAAUGUCUCUCCUUCCUCUUCCUUUGCUUGACUUCCGUUGCCAGUGGCAACAAAGCCAAUAAGCACAAGCCAUGGAUCGAGACGGAGUACCAGGGCAUCGUGAUGGAGAACGACAACACGGUCCUUCUCAACCCGCCACUCUUCGCCUUGGACAAAGACGCGCCGCUCCACUACGCCGGUGAAAUUUGUGGUUUCCGGGUACACAACGGCCCCACGGGUUCCGGCUCGGUCCAAUUCGAAGCGGUAGUCCUCGACCGCUCCACCGGCGAGGGUCUAGUGCGCUCCAAGGAGCCGCUAGACUGCGAGAGCCAGCGUGAGCACAGCUUCACCAUCCAGGCCUACGACUGCGGCGAGGGGUCCGACGGCGUCAACAGCAAGAAAUCCCACAAGGCCACCGUACACGUGCGUGUCAACGACGUCAACGAGUUCUCCCCCGUGUUCGUGGAGCGUCGCUAUGAGGCGUCCGUCCCGGAGGGGCGUCUCUUUGACCGCAUCGUGCGUGUGGAGGCUCUGGAUGCCGACUGCUCCCCGCAGUACAGCCAGAUUUGCUUCUACGACAUCAUCACUCCCAACGUGCCCUUUGCUAUUGACAACGAUGGCAACAUCAAGAACACAGAGCCGCUGGACUCCAAGCGUCAGCGCGUUCACACCUUCUGGGUGACCGCCUUCGACUGCGGCAAGAAUCGCGCUCAGGCCGACGCUCAGGUGGCGGUCACGGUCAAGCCCUCCUGCAAGCCCGGCUGGAUCGGUUGGACCAAGCGGGUGGAGUACACACCCGGCUCGGGAAGCAUCCCGCUCUUCCCCGCCUUGCACUUGGAGACUUGCGAGGAGACCGUGUGGAACAUCCAGGCCACCGUAGAGCUUCAGACCGGCCACAUCGGAAAGGGCUGCGACCGAGACAGUUACUCUGACCGUUCCGUGCGACGCCUUUGCGGCGCCGUUCGGGGUGAGGUUGACCUCCUUCCGCCUCCAUCGCCCGCAGCCAACUGGACGGCGGCCCUCCCCACCCUCCCUUCCUCGGAUUCCUCACUUGUGUUCUCCUUCAACGGGUCCAACCAUGUGGCGGUGGUGCCGGACGCGGUGGUCUCGGGGCUGUCCGGCGACCAUUUCACCUUGCAGCUAUGGAUGCGUAGGUGGGGCACCAACGUCCAACCGGCUGCUGCUCAGUCCAAAACUGCUCGCAAGGAAGAGGAGACCAUCGUGUGCAGCACUGUCAAGAAUGAUGACUCGUUCUCCCACUACUCGCUCUCCGUGCAUGGCUGCCGCCUCUCUCUCUUCUACUGGCCCGACGUUUCGGCUGCGCGGCCCGUCAAGUUCCUGUGGAAACUGGAGCAGGUGUGCGACAGCGAGUGGCACCACCUGUCACUCAGCGUCCAGUUCCCCUCGGUGACCCUGUACGUGGACGGCGUAACCUUCGACCCCGCUCUCAUCCACGACAACGGCGCCCUGCCCAACCCGGCCCCCCGCCAAAGGAUGUCCAUCGGCGCCUGCUGGGAGCCGGAGGACAAGCAGAGGGAGGUCGGGAACAACAGCAUCCCACAAGUGAAAUACGCCGGAGGUUACCACGGCUUGUUGUCGGGGGUAACAGUGCGUCCGGGCAGCGUGGAGCCUCACAGCGUGGUGGAGUGUCUGUACGCCUGCAGGGAGGGCCUGGACUUUGGAGACCUGGAGACGUUGGGGUCCGGGAUGAAGGUGCACGUGAACCCCAGUCAGUCGGCGUUAGUGCUGGAGGGGGACGACAUUGAGAGUUUCAACCGCGCCGUGCAGCAGGUGACCUACAGGAACUCCCUCCGCUUCGCCACGCCCGGAGUGCGACCCCUCAAACUCACCACCUCGCUCAGAUGUUUCAACGAGGAGAGCUGUCUGUCCCUGAAGCCGUUGGAAGGUUACCUGGUGGUCCUCCAGCCUGACGCUCCUCAGAUCUCUCUGUCCGGGGUCGGUCCCCAUCUGGCUCGCCCCGCUCCCGACUUCGAAGCCCCACGGGGCGUCCACCUCUUCCCCGAGCUACGGAUCGUGUGCUCGCUCACUCACGCCGUCAACACGGCUGCGCAGGGGAUGGAAGGCGGCGCGCUGAUGUCCGACGCCGUGGCCCACACUUUGGACGGCUGCGAGGUUCAACCUCUUGGCGAGGAACUGGACCUGGAGCGGGAGGAGCUCCUGGUUGAUAUGGAUGUCGUGCGAGAGCGGGGCUUGGAGAUCAUCAACACGACCGCCUACAUCGCCAUCACAGGCGCUGAAUCCAUCUCCGUAUACGAAGACGUCCUUCGCUCAGUCCGCUACCGCCUGUCCAGGAGCUCCUCCCGCUUUGAGAGACGCUUCCGUCUGUCCUGCUCUGAGAUGAACGGCAGAUACACCAGCAAUGAGUUGACUCUGGAGGUGAACUUCCUCCACUCCUUGGAGAGUAUGUACCACCCAUCCCACUUGAUGGCUUCCCAGCAACAGUUUCUCCAUCAACACGCAGGCGAGCUCAGCGGACAUGCCUUGCCCAGUCUACAUCGCAACUCAGUGGUCCCCGGAGCCGCCACCAUCAUCAUCAUGGUGUGCGUGGGAUUCUUGGUUGUCAUGGUGAUCCUAGGCAUUUUCCGCAUUCGCUCCAUCCACCGCCGCAGCGAGGAGGCCCGCGAGGCCGCCAAGGAGGGUGGCAGCCAGUGGGACGACUCCGCGCUCACCAUCAUUGUCAACCCCAUGGAGUCCUACGAGUCUCGCCUGGGCAUGUCCGCCGACACGGAGGGAGACGGCGAGGAAGACGAAGAGGAAGUGGCCGAGUCGCCCGACAACGGCAGCGAUGACCAGCGGAUCAUCUUGAAGAAGGAGGGCAGGGACAGCAACGCCCGUCGCUACUGAGCUGCAUGUAACCCCCCAACCCCCCACCACGGAAAGCAACACUUCUACGAUCAUGUACGGAAUGUAUACCUGCAAAAACACACCACGCACAACACAUUCGAUGUAAUACUCGACGCCAUACGUGACCUAUAGCCGACGACGGGCACUCGCUCGUUCUCCACUUUGAUGUUCAGCGGCACAAUGUAUACACUCAAAUGUAAUUGAUCUGCCUGAGCCACGCAAACGAUUUGUGGACGUCACAAGAUGCUCCUGUUAAUAAUAACGUGUCUGUAUAGUGCGAUGCUGGAUGAGUGCGGCUGAUUUGUUUCACGAAAAACCAAACGAUUGUAUUGUAUUUUGUUCUUGACACACAAUUGAAUCCUUGCUCCUACGCGUCGGCAGAGGCUCCGAUCUGAUCUCCACAUGCCGACACACACGCACAACUUAUUAGAGUCAACCGCGAGGUCUGCGCACAAGCUGUCCCCUCCCUCUUUGCGACACAUUCCGUGAUCAGCGCUCGGGUUUCGUAAGACUUUCAUCUGCAAAGGAGAAAUAGGGACACGCUGUUAAGGAAACGUAAGAUGACCGCAAUAUGUCAUAUUUUUGGAGUAUUCUGACAAAAUAGUUGGGAAAAUGAUACGACAAAAUGGCUAAAGAGCAAGUGGUCAAUAUUAUAGGAUUUGUUUUUGUCACUUUCCAAAAAUGAAUCAGUGAUAGUAAGAAAGAGAAAUUUACGUAACCUACGAGAUAAUUAUUUUUUGUCACCCUGCUGUCCCCAGAAUGUCAGCUCAGCUUGGGCGGUUUUGACUGUAUUGAUUGUAAUGAAUUUUAUGUACAUACAAUGAGAAAUAUGAUCAUUAUUAUUGUUAUGAAAUCUUAUUAUUGCAGCCACUUUUCAGCACACUGGGGGAUGGAGCUGAUGGUCAUUUCCCAGUUUUUGUUCAUCACCUAUUCCAGCAUCGAGAAAUCAGUAGGAAAAUAAUAGUAGUUGUCGUGGUGAGGACGAUAUCUGGCUUGAUGAGUGUGUCUUACUUUUGUGUGUAAUAAUGUUGUAAUUUAACAAUUUGUCAGUAUAGGAAUCACUGAGGAAAAAAAAUGGGAGGCACAUUUGUUGUGAUACCUUCAA